UCGUGUCGGUCUACGCUUUAAAAGCUGACGCGAAAGUUUGAAAACCUAUUCUGUACGUGUUAGAACAGAGGAGGAAGGCUAUCUCAGUCAUGGCGAGAACCAAGCAGACAGCUCGUAAAUCCACCGGCGGUAAAGCCCCGAGGAAGCAGCUCGCUACUAAAGCCGCCCGAAAGAGCGCCCCUGCCACCGGCGGCGUCAAGAAGCCCCAUCGUUACAGGCCCGGGACCGUGGCUCUCCGAGAGAUCCGCCGUUAUCAGAAGUCCACCGAGCUGCUGAUCCGCAAGCUGCCUUUCCAGCGCUUGGUGCGAGAAAUCGCGCAGGAUUUCAAGACGGACCUGCGCUUCCAGAGCUCCGCCGUCAUGGCCCUGCAGGAGGCCAGCGAGGCUUAUUUGGUCGGUCUGUUUGAGGACACCAAUCUCUUGUCGAUCAUGUCUGGAAGAGGCAAAGGCGGUAAAGGACUCGGGAAAGGAGGCGCUAAGCGUCACCGUAAAGUGCUGCGCGAUAACAUCCAGGGAAUCACCAAACCCGCCAUUCGUCGUCUCGCUCGCCGCGGCGGAGUCAAGCGUAUCUCCGGUCUGAUCUACGAGGAGACCCGCGGGGUGUUGAAGGUUUUCCUGGAGAACGUUAUCCGGGAUGCCGUCACCUACACCGAGCACGCCAAGAGAAAGACCGUCACCGCCAUGGACGUAGUGUACGCGCUCAAACGACAGGGACGCACCUUGUACGGCUUCGGAGGAUAAACGCCUUCAAUCUCCACAAACACAACGGCUCUUUUAAGAGCCACCCACACUCUCACACAAAGAGACAAACACUAAAUUAUUAAUGCGUUUUUUUGUUUUGAACUACGUGCAUUCAGAAAUCAUAAAAAAUCGUGUUAUAUUUUAUAGUGGGAUCACUAACUUCCCAACAUGUUAUAACCGCUUCUUUAACGGAGAAUGUUUUCGAAGUUUGUGUUCUGUAUGGUUCAAUGUAACAAAACCAAGUUAUAAACCCUAAAAUUCACUGAAAGCUAAUUAAACUUCAUUCAAACACAUCACGACAGUAAAAAGUUGUUCAGUACAGGAAUGAAAGAACAAAAAAAUAUUUUCUGUGCAAAUGUUGUGAAUAAAUUAUAUUUAAUGUUUUUAAAUUCGGGGCAAUGAGUUAAAGCAGCGUUUUAACACUGAACCUGUAACAAUGAAAAUCAACAUAUUUAAGACUGAAAAAUGUAUAUUAUUACACUUAAUUUCUAUUUAAAAAUCGUCAUGAUAUAAUUUGAAUUUGAAUUACUGCAAAAAUAAUACCAAAUCCUCUUUUACAGUGUUUUGAGUCGAUUAUUUAGCGUUUUUUA